AUGUCGACAACAUCCAUCUGUACGGCGAACUACGCUACGCCCUGUGUACCUUGCUACAUCCUAGCAUCUACCGCCGUAUACUCACCUCCAUAUAAUCUCACAACAAUUGAGGUCGAAGCAACUCCGUACAUCUAUCCAUACCAAAACGGCAGCUCAUCUACGUCUUGGAAAUACGUCACACUCACGCAGACUAUGCCUACAAGACUUUCAGACGGGGAGACACAGCCCACUGCUACUAGUGAUGGCAUUAUUUUCAGUGAUCCGACUGAUGUGACCUGGACAACUGGAGACCUCACGCUGACAUACYCAACGACAUACAUCAACUAUUACGCCUUCUCAGGUGUGGGCGUUGAUGUCACAAAUGAGACUGCCUGCGCUCAGUUCGAUAGUAUCUCCAAACUCGCCAUCCCGUCAAACACCGACGAAAUGUCGUUCCUGAUGGAGUUCACGCCAACUGGAACGACGACAUCGUAUGCUCAGUAUGGACCAGCUACCUCGUUUCCUCAAGGGGUCUUGAGAUAUCUGGAUACCUUUCCUGCAGUGACUUCGCAGCUUGGAGGUCAACCGGUUGAGUCAUGUCUACCCAUAAAAGCAUCACCUGAAUGCACGACGUCGAAGAGCUCUAAACAUUGCUCUACCAAGUGUCUAACCGGUUUACCCACCGCUACUAUGUACUAUACAAAUAUAAGUACAUCCGUACGACCGGCAACCACCUACACAAUCACAAACUAUAACUCGAGUACCCCCAGCUACAGUUACACCACCCUCCCCGAAACGACAUUCACCAAAACAUCAAUAUCAACAACUACACUAGUGAACACAAAGAACAAUUACACGACCGUCUCUUGCGCAACAACAUGUACAGAUCGAGGAGGUCCCUCCAGCAGCGCUGUCCCUAGUGCACCUUUCUUCACGUUCACAUUAACAACCGCCAGCAUUCUCACAACCAUUAAAAAGAAUCCCAUCUUUGCGACUGUUCCGGAGGGUAUUGUUGAUGAUGAACCGGCGAGAGCUCCCGAGAAACCUACAGUCACUACAAAUGCUGCUACUACUAUUCCGAAUGCACCACCUAGACCGGCAUCUCCCACUGCAAUACCUGUUGGGAAGACGACGAAGAAGAAUGUGGGGGAUUCGGGGGUUGGAUUGAUUACUUGUGUUGGUGCGAAUUGUGGUCAAACUGCUGCUUCUAGACCUACGAAAGGGGCGUCUUUGGGGAGUGGGGAUGAACCUCAGGAGAAUGACAAUAAGCCACCGGGUAAUACGAAUAAACCACCGGGGAAUACGAACAAGCCAUCAGAGAAUGCCAACAGACCACCAGGAAAUGCCAACAAGCCAAAUCCAAUCGACUCAGACGAUGACGAACAACACUCUCCUUCAAGAAUCCCUACUAUAGUCGCCAUAAUAACAGCCGCCUCCCAAACACUAACCAUAACCAAAUCAAACAACGGAGCCUUAGUACUCGGAACAAAAACUCUACCAUCAGGAAGAACAAUAACCCUCCCAAACACCCAACUCCUCAGGAAUGAUGAUGCAUCAUCAGCAAUCUAUCUCGACACCUCCAAAAUCCACUUCUCAACUCUUCUCACCCAAGAAGGAAGUCCUCAACUUUCUGGAGUGAUUUUCACGGGAGUGAGGGGAAAUAUCGAAAUUGCGACAAAGAUCCAUCCUGGUGUGUUCGUUAUUGAAGGGAUCACUCUUAUAGCUGGACAGGCUGUUACUUUAUCCCACGGAGGAGGAAUCUUGAGUGUGGGAAGUAAUAAUAUCAUACAACUCGACGGCGCCGUGCUGGGAAUCACAGCCCUAGGAGCCGCAGCCAUCUACUAUAAUAUCGGCAAACAAACUCUUACCCCAGGAGGAAUAAUAACUCAAGACACGGAAACAAUCAUCUCUUUAGAUGAUUCUGGGAGGAUUUAUUACAUCGAUGGAUCAUCAAUUCCGAUUUCUGAUGGGGUUGUUAAUGUGGGAGGGACGAAGUAUACUCCUGUUGUAAUGGCGACGACUAUUACUACUACUACUACAGGGGAAGUUGGGGGGUAUGUUAUGCAAGCUAUUGCUUCUGCUGCUAGUGUGCGUUUGUCGGCUACGGCAACGGUAAGGGAGUCUGGGAGGGAGACUGGGAGUGAGACUAGGAGUGAGGUAGCUAGUGCAUCCCCGACUUCUUCUAGUAGUGUACGGGGGGUUAGCGGGCUGAGGGGGUGGAUGGUGGGAUUGGUGAUCGCUGGGAUAUUUGCUGUGGUAUACUGA